ACGAACCACACUCCAUACCAGUAAGUGGCGGUAAUGCUACUAAAAGUUUGCUGUCAACCGCCAAGAAAACCAACAAGAAGAAGAACGUCCCGUGUGAUUGGACCAUAUGGAUAGGACGUUCAGUGACGUAAAGUCGCACUGUUACGUUUUCUCCGUUAUGUCAGCUUCUCUUUGAGAGGAAAACAAAGCCAGUUACAUUGGAAGUCGAUGUUUUUGCUCUUUACACGGCUCCGAUACCACGAAUUUCUACCGUGAAGAAGGCCACUAGAACGAGAUAUUAACAUAUGUGGGUGGUUUGAAGGUCCAGAAGCUCUUCCGAUGAUUUAUCUGCAUUGACAACUUUAGUAUUUGAUAAGGAUGGCUAGUUGUGGAGAGGUUGAUCACUCUGUGAGCUCGCUUCCAUCCAAUAAGAAAGGCAGCGGCGGUGGAAGGGGCAGUGGCACCGGAUCAUCCUGCUCUGACUCCAGCAGCUCGUCCCCUGCCCUGUCUGUGCCGGAGUGUGCCAUCUGUCUGCAGAGCUGCGUCCACCCUGUCCAACUGCCGUGCCAUCACGUCUUCUGUUUCCUGUGCGUUAAGGGGGCGUCCUGGCAGAGCAAACGCUGCGCACUCUGCAGACAGGAAGUGCCGGACGACUUCCUGGAAAGGCCUACUCUCCUCUCUCCAGAGGAGCUGAAAGCAUCAGCAGGAGGCCGCGGCGGAGCAGCAAGCGAUCACGCGUGGUAUUACGAAGGCCGUAAUGGUUGGUGGCAGUAUGAUGAGAGGACCAGCCGUGAGCUGGAGGAUGCUUUCUCCAAGGGGAAGAAGACAGCUGAAAUGCUGAUUGCUGGAUUUUUGUAUGUAGCUGAUCUGGAGAACAUGGUGCAGUAUAGGCGCAAUGAACAUGGCCGCAGGCGCAAGAUGAAGAGGGAUAUUAUAGAUAUUCCCAAGAAGGGGGUGGCCGGACUGCGGUUGGACACUGAUUCUGUUGCCGGAGCUUUGGGUUCAGUAGGUCGAGAAAACUCUGCAGAUGGGGCUGAUACCACAACAGGAGGAGCUCCACCACAAGCUGCUGGUAUCCCAUCUGUUGUUUUAGCCCCCUCAGCUACUGCCCGGCCUCCCACUUCCCUCGGAGGUCAGCCUGGCCCCAGCACAAGCCCCUCUGUGGAGGACACUCUCUCCCAGUUGCAAAUCAGCCCCAGGCCCACCCCUUCUCAUGACAGGUCCGAGGGUGGGGAAGGGGAAGGGCAAGAUGACGAUGAGGAAGAGACAUCACCCUCGAGGUCCUCUGACCCUCAAACCUCUGUGGAGGAAUCCGGUUCUGGAGACUGGAGCGAUGACGAAGAAGAGGAGGGGGGGGGCAGGGAUCACACAGAGCCUUGGGAGGACUGGUCGCAGAGACGAAGACUAAUUCCAGAGGAGAGGGUGCCUCCUCGUGCAGAGUCCGCCUCCCCGCCUCCGUCUUCCCAUAGCAGUGGGAGAUCCAGAAUGCCUGAUGGUCAGUGUACAGUGACUGAAGUGUGAAUCCAUUCAAUUUAAUUUAUGCUUUUGUUUGCUCAGACCCAGAUCUGAGGUGGUUUAGGGUUGUUUGGUACAAGAGAAAUAAGGCGUGUCACGCUCAUACAUAAAGAGCACCGCAUUUCAUUUUUAAUGCUUGGCCCUUGGUUUGCAAGGAUUUGGAUUUGUCUUCUCAGCGUCUUUAUAGGUGCACCCAGCCAGGCAGCAGCCGUUUGCUGUCCUGCUCUUAAACUGAGUGUUUUGGUACCCAAUUAAAAACAUGCGGUCAGGCUCUGCACAGUCUCAGAAGUUUAUAUUUAACGCAUCCUGUGAGAGAGGUUUAACAGACUUCCUGUAAUGUCAGUUGUCUGCAUACUUUAAAUGCAUAUAGAUUGUAUUGUUUUUAGGUUUUAAAAAAAGUCUAAGCUACACUGUGAACUUUACCCGCCAACCAGUUUCUCCCAAAUCCAAGCCUUGUUUACAUUGGUUGUCCAGAACCCUGAAGGCGUCUGUCGAUCCAAGUCACAUUAUUUGACACUGAGUGAAAAAAGCAUGGUGGUAAUGAAACAGUCCUUAUGAUUGGCAGCAUUGUGAUAAUUAAUGCAGAAAUGUCCUCCUGACUAGUCCUCCAUUGCACUGAAUUAGAUCAACAACUUGAUCCUAGUUUCUCAUCCAAUCAACUGCUCUCUCUGGGAAAACAAUUAAAUAUUUAAUUCAAAAUUAUCAGUUAACUGAGCUAGUGUUAUUUUAAGUGUUAUUUUUUUAAACUUAAAAAAAAACAACUCCAUGUUUCUAAAGCUACCUUGAUGUUUAAAUUACAUGCUUCAUAUCUAGCAACAUGCUCAUUUAGAACCCCGCUAAAUAUGUGGCUGCUUGCAGUUGAUUUUAUUUCAGAUUAGUUUAUUGAAACCUAAGUUAUCGUAGAGAUUUAUAACUGUAUUUGAAAUGAAUGUAAGCUUUAGAAUUCCAUGUGAUUUAUUUUAUUGGUGCCCAGCCUUAAGGAAUUGGCAUUUUAAUGUGAAUAUUGGUGUUUUUCUUUUUUAUUGUAAAGCAGCUUCAUUAUUAUUCAUAAUGUCCCUGACUGAACAGUUGCCCAAAGUUUUGUUAUUUGUCCUUAUAUGAAGGGAGAUUUAUUCAAACAUUACUGUCUGGUUGGGAUGUGGAGAAUAAUUUUCUUAUUUUAUGUUUAUUUCUCCUAUGGCAUUUAAAUGUAUGAUAUCUAAGGCUGUAAAAAAAAAAAAAAAAGUUCUUGCUGUUGGCCAUCCUGGAGAAAUUUCUGUCAUUUUUCUAUUAAAUCUUUUUUUUUUUUUUUUACUUUCCAUUCUUAAGAAUAAAGUUUGUGUAACUGUUUCGGCUUCAACCUUUUGUUUCAUGGUUUGUAAUUUAAGAAUAAAUUAUUUCAUGCUAGAA